AUGACGCCGGGUGGCGCCACUUGCGUCACUAUCGACGAGGCGUCCAGCUCGGACGUCGGUGCGGCGGUCGGAAUGGCCGUCAUGGCGACGGCAGGCAUUUGGGGCGCGCUGAAACAAGCCCGCGUCAAAGCCGUCACCAGCACUUACCUACUACGAGUGCACGUAGAUCGUGAUGCAGAGGCGACUUGGCAUUGGCUUGGCGUCAAAGGUGGCACUUAUCUAAGGAUGACAGUAGCUCAAAAGAAGCAUCUAGAAACAUUUACUCACUUAGUCUAUGCCUAG